AUGAAACAAGAGCUGAAUGACCAACUGGCGGAUCAGCUGGACAGAAACGUGCCAAACUUCAUGGCUAAAUUCGAACUCCACAAGGAGAGGAUGAAGUCACGAAAGUGUCCGAUACUUGUCGCAGGAGAAACGUCUGCAGGGAAGAGUUCGUUAAUAAACCUGCUGCUGGAUGAAGAGGUGCUGCCCACGUCCCACCUCAGUAACACGUACACUAUAUGUGAGAUCCGGUACGGGGACGUGCGCACCAUCAAACUGCACAGGAGGGACGGCACCUGCCAGGACAGAGUGCUACAGGAAGAAGAUUCCUUGGUAGAUCUGCUGAAGAAGUAUGUAGAGGAGAAAGGGGAUCGGGACCAGCCGACGGACUAUCCACGGGUGGAGAUCCUGCUGCCCAGGGACUUCCUCAAGGACAUCUACAUUGUGGACAGCCCGGGGAUCGGAGAGAAGGAGGAGAUCACCAAGCAGGUGAAGGAGUACCUGACGGAGGCCUUCGCUUUCAUCUACGUCAUCAAGAGUGACAACGCCGGCGGCGUGCAGACCGACAGGCUACAAGCCUUAUUAAAGGAGGUGGCCACGAUGAAGAGCAGCGGUACAGAAGACAUCCCGGCCUUCUCCGCGAAGACUGCAAUCUUCGUCUGCAACAAGUGGGACCAAGUCCCUAUUGCCGAACGGAAGCUGGUGAAGGAGGACACCAUCAGGAAGCUGCAGGCGUGCUGGUCCGGAUCGUCAGCUCGCCAGGUCUUCUGUAUGUCCACGGCGGAGGCACAGCGCCUGCGCGACCAGGGUCACGUGUCUGCUGACUUCUCCCGGUUUCUCGACGGGCUCGAGAAGCUCAUUCCCGAGAGUUUGAACUGGAGGAUAGAGGUUUCCUACAGGUGGUUGGACUACUUUCUCUCACGCACCAUUUACCACCUACGCGCGUACGUACAACAAGGGGAACAGUCACGUGAUGAGAGGAAGGCCAAGUUCGAGCUGGUGAAAAGUCGUCUGCACGCUCUCGGUGACCAGGCUGAUGACGUCAUGAAGAUGCUUAAGUCUAACGUGGACAGCAGCGUAGAAGUUGCCGUGCAGUCACUUCGGGAGCACCUGACCAGUGACCAGGUGAAGCGGACAGUGAUGACGUGGACCGAAGCCGACCUGCCCACAGUGGAGGGGAGCCUGAACAUCAUGAUGAGGAAGAUAAAGGCAGCCAUCUCACAGCGCAUUCAGGGAGUCCUGUCAGACUGGGAGAAAGAUCAGGCAUUUUUCAGUCGGCAGCGGGAGGUUUUGAUCGAGCUAUUCGCGUCGGCAUUCCGCACGAAGAUCGAACGGAAGCUCCUGGACAUCGAGGGCGCCAUAGAUGGCACAGCCAUGGUACCCACUGACCCUGCCGCCGACUGUGGUGAGGAGGAGGAGGAGACGACAGGCCAUGGGAGGAGCAAGCUGCCCCAGCUGUUCAUCGAACCACAUCUCAGACUCAAUACAGUUGGAAAGGUAACCCUAGGUGUGACCUCGCCCGUGUGGCUCCCUAUCGGCGUCGUGGCCGCGUUCUUCGGCCUGUCUGUGUACGGGAUAGUUGAGCUGAAGAGGAUCGUGGAGAGGAAUAGGGAGGAUAAAGAAGUCAACACCUACCAACAAGACAAGUACGGGUACUUAAGCCGCAUGGCUCUGAAGGAGUUGGAGCAGUUCGUCCGGAGUAACGAGCUGCGGGAUUACGUCAGAAGCCAGCUGAAGCCGGCUUACUACUGUCUGGAGCAGCUGCAGGAGGUCGUGCCCAAACAGAUCCAGCUGGACCUGGACCUGGUCAAGGACCUGAAUGAAGACGCCAGGGACGAGAAGGUCUACACCAUCUAUUACUACCCGCUCCUACAAGUCAUGGACAAUUUCCAUCGAAGGCUGAAAGCGUUUUGGGUUCAAGAACUCUGGACUCCCGACAUAGACCCGCAAACCUUAGCCUUUGCAACUAAGGACGUGUAUGACGGUCCCGUCUGCUCAGGACUUCGUGCUGAACUGAAGCGGGGGGAGCUGCGCCAUCAGCAGGCAGGUUCGGCCGGGGGGAAACCUGUCACCAUCAAACUCUUCAGGGGGAUGGUCACUCAUCGGAACGUCAUGGAGUUUCUGCAGGAGGAGGACAUUUUCAGGUAA